AUCAACUACUAACUUCGCUAAAUGGUUCGUCCAUAACUGUAUAGGCUGUUCUGUUUGCCUUCCGAGAUACUGGUCUCAACCCCCAGGUCCCCCGGUAAUCAAACCACUUCAGAUAGGGAAGCCUACGAGUAUGGUUUUGGAAAGCUAUCACCCUCCUCCACGUUGGAGAGAUAUGUGUACGUUUUGGCACCAUCGUGCAGGGUAGUUUACAUAGGCACGUUGGAUCGUACCUGAGUUCAGUUCCGUGCCAGCCUACAUCUGUAGCGAAGGUUACCCGUUGCUUGCCGUAUUUCACAUUCGAGCGCUAAAAGCCCCAGUUUAGGCACAAGUGUCGGAUCUUCAAAGCUCAAAGACGUAGAAAGGCGAAGAUGUGUUCCCUGAUCGGAUGCUGUUGCGAUUGUGCUGCCUCGAUUGCUUGCUGCUGCUGUACCUGCGCACUGCAGACGAUCUGCUGCAUGGUGUUUGUGGUAGUUAUCAUCUGCUUGGCGAUCGGAUUGGGCGUCUACUUUGGCAUCUUCCACAACCGAGAUUCGGACUCCGGUACGACCACGACCACGCCACGAAGUCUCAUCCUAAACGCACUGAUGCCGGACGGCUUCCACGAGGAAAAGGAAUCCACCUGGGUGUAUUGAUGAGAGAGUCGCCCCACAAUGCAUCCACUAUGAACGCUGUGAUAUGUGAUUAGACUUAGGCAGGAAAAUAGUGUUGCGGCCUCACGCGUGUGUGUGUGUGUGUGUUUUCGUUCCAAAAUUUCCCGUUUAAUAAAUCGAGGUGCACUCACGAAUGCUCACCAAAGGCAAAGAAGAGCAACAUCCAA